GUCGCAACCUAUCGCUGGUGUUUUGCCUAUGCCUAGCACUGAUUUUCAUUAGCGGCAUUGUCGAUGCUGAAUCGGAGAGUAAAAAAGAAAUUCCAGCAACAAAAUUUGGUCAAAGUCAAUCAGCAACAAUGACAUUUUUAUACUGUUAUAGCUGUGGUUAUCGCAAAGCCUUUGAAGACUAUGUCAAUAUUUUGGCCGAUAAAUAUCCACAAAUUACCGUGACCGGUGGCAAUUAUGAUCCACCCGGCAUGAAUAUGUAUUUCUCCAAAUUGAUAUUUGCCGUGAAGAUUUUGCUCAUUGUGGUAAUUGUUUCCUCCUUCGAUAUCUUUGGUUCAUUUGGCCAACCAACACCAAGCUGGUGGCGUCAUCUGUUGGAGAAUAAAUUAUAUGCCUGUAUGAUGAUAUUCUUUGUGGGCAAUAUGCUGGAGGGACAGUUGGUAUCAUCGGGUGCCUUUGAAAUUUCCCUUAACGAUGUACCGGUGUGGUCGAAAUUGCAAACGGGUCGCAUACCCGCACCCCAGGAACUAUUCCAAAUUAUCGAUAAUCAACUGCAGUUCGGUGAUAAAUUCCAAGAGAAUCCAGACUUUGUUAAAUAAUUAUUAGCGGACACCUUCAGCUCCUGACGU